GCCAUGAAGCGCUAGCGCGGCGGCGGGGCUGGGGCCGAGCGGCCAGGUGCGCAGCGAGCGCGCGGACGGGCGCGCACCCGCGGAUGCCCCAGCCGGGGCCCAGCGAGCGCCAGAGAGUUCCCGGUCGCCGGCAGCAUGAGCACAGAGAGAGACUCAGAGACCACCUUUGAGGAGGACUCCCAGCCCAACGAUGAGGUGGUGCCCUACAGUGACGACGAGACGGAAGAUGAGCUUGACGAGUCAGGGCCGGCGGUGGAGCCGGAGCAGAAUCGGGUCAACAGAGAGGCGGAGGAAACGCGGCGGGAUACCUUCAAGAGAGAUUGUACCUGGCAAGUUAAAGCCAAUGACCGAAGCUUCCACGAACAACCUCAAUUUAUGAACACCAAGUUCUUCUGUCUGAAGGAGAGCAAAUAUGCGGAUAACGCGAUUAAAACCUACAAGUAUAAUGUCUUUACCUUUCUACCGAUGAAUUUGUUCGAGCAGUUUAAGAGGGCAGCUAAUUUCUAUUUCCUGGUCCUUCUUAUCUUACAGGCCAUCCCUCAAAUCACCACCCUGGCCUGGUACACCACCCUGGUGCCCCUGUUGGUGGUGCUGGGCGUCACGGCCGUCAAAGACCUGAUGGAUGACGUGGCUCGCCAUAAGAUGGAUAAGAAAAUCAACAACAUGACAUGCGAGGUCAUUAAGGAUGGCAGAUUCAAAACUGCCAAGUGGAAAGAGAUUCGAGUGGGAGACGUGAUUCGUCUGAAGAAAAAUGACUCUAUUCCCGCCGACAUCCUGCUGCUGUCCAGUUCCGAGCCCAGCAGCCUCUGCUAUGUAGAAACGGCCGAGCUGGACGGGGAAACCAAUUUAAAGUUCAAGAUGGCCCUGGAAGUCACCCACCAGCAUCUUCAAGAAGAAAAUUCACUGGCGGCUUUUGAUGGUUAUAUUGAAUGUGAAGAGCCCAACAACAGGCUAGAUAAGUUUACAGGAACGCUAUUUUGGAGAAAAUCCAGUUUUCCUUUGGAUGCUGAUAAAAUUUUGUUACGUGGCUGCGUGGUGAGGAAUACUGAUUUCUGCCAUGGAGUGGUCAUUUUUGCAGGUGGUGACACUAAAAUAAUGAAGAACAGUGGGAAAACCAGAUUUAAAAGAACAAAAAUUGAUUACUUGAUGAACUACAUGGUUUAUACGAUCUUUGUUGUUCUCCUCCUGCUCUCUGCUGGUCUGGCCAUUGGCCAUGCUUACUGGGAAGCCCAGGUUGGCAAUUACUCUUGGUACCUCUAUGAUGGAGAAGAUGCCACCCCCUCCUACCGCGGAUUCCUAACCUUCUGGGGCUACAUCAUUGUGAUGAACACCAUGGUGCCCAUUUCCCUCUACGUCAGCGUGGAAGUGAUCCGUCUCGGCCAGAGUUACUUCAUUAACUGGGACUUGCAGAUGUACUACCCGGAGAAGGAUACGGCUGCCAAAGCCAGGACCACCACCCUCAACGAACAGCUGGGGCAGAUCCAUUACAUCUUCUCGGACAAGACGGGCACGCUCACGCAGAACAUCAUGACCUUUAAGAAGUGCUGCAUCAAUGGGCACAUCUAUGGAGACCACCGCGAUGCCUCUCAGCACGCUCAUAGCAAGAUAGAGCAAGUUGACUUUAGCUGGAACACCUAUGCUGACGGGAAGUUUGAGUUUUAUGACCAUUAUCUCGUCGAGCAAAUCCAGACAGGGAAAGAGCCUGAAAUUCGACAGUUCUUCUUCUUGCUGUCCCUCUGCCACACGGUCAUGGUGGAAAAGACGAAUGGUCAGCUCAACUACCAGGCUGCCUCCCCUGACGAAGGGGCGCUGGUCAACGCUGCCAGGAAUUUCGGCUUCACCUUCCUCUCCAGGACCCAGAACACCAUCACCAUCAGUGAGAUGGGCACGGAGAGAACCUACAAUGUGCUGGCCCUUCUAGACUUCAACAGUGACCGGAAGCGCAUGUCCAUCAUUGUAAGAACCCCCGAAGGCAACGUCAGGCUGUACUGCAAAGGUGCCGACACCGUCAUCUAUGAACGGCUGCAUCCAAUGAGCCCGACCAAACAAGAGACACAGGAAGCCCUUGAUGUCUUUGCCAGUGAGACUUUGAGAACGCUGUGCCUUUGCUACAAGGAAAUAGAAGAGAAGGAAUAUGAAGAAUGGAAUAAAAAGUUCAUGGCUGCCAGUGUGGCCACCAUGAACCGCGAUGAGGCUCUGGAUCGAGUGUACGAGGAGAUUGAGAAGGACUUAAUACUCCUGGGGGCAACAGCUAUUGAAGACAAGCUACAGGAUGGAGUCCCAGAAACCAUUUCAAAGCUUGCAAAAGCGGACAUUAAGAUCUGGGUGCUUACUGGAGACAAGAAGGAAACUGCUGAGAAUAUAGGAUUUGCUUGUGAGCUCUUGAACGAAGACACCACCAUCUGCUACGGGGAAGACAUAAAUGCCCUGAUUCACACCAGGAUGGAGAACCAGAGGAACAGAGGUGGCGUCUAUGCAAAGUUUCUCCCUGCGGCACAAGAACCUUUCUUCCCGCCUGGGGGAAACCGAGCCUUGAUCAUCACGGGCUCAUGGCUGAAUGAGAUUCUGCACGAGAAGAAGACGAAGAGGAGUAAGAUCCUGAAGCUGAAGUUCCCGAGGACGGAGGAGGAGCGGCGGCUGCGGACGCAGAGCAAGCGGCGGCUGGAGCUGCGGAAGGAGCAGCGGCAGCGCAACUUCGUGGACCUGGCGUGCGAGUGCAGCGCCGUCAUCUGCUGCCGCGUCACGCCCAAGCAGAAGGCCAUGGUGGUGGACCUGGUGAAGCGCUACAAGAAGGCCAUCACGCUGGCCAUCGGCGACGGCGCCAACGACGUCAACAUGAUCAAAACUGCGCACAUUGGGGUCGGGAUCAGCGGGCAGGAGGGCAUGCAGGCCGUCAUGUCGAGCGACUACUCCUUCGCCCAGUUCCGCUACCUGCAGAGGCUGCUGCUGGUGCACGGGCGCUGGUCCUACAUCCGGAUGUGCAAGUUCCUCCGCUACUUCUUCUAUAAGAACUUUGCCUUCACCCUCGUGCACUUCUGGUACUCCUUCUUCAAUGGCUACUCGGCACAGACGGCGUACGAGGACUGGUUCAUCACUCUCUACAACGUGCUCUACUCCAGCCUGCCCGUGCUCCUCAUGGGGCUGCUCGACCAGGAUGUGAGCGACAAACUGAGCCUCCGCUUCCCUGGGCUGUAUGUAGUGGGCCAGAGAGACUCACUCUUCAACUAUCGGAAGUUCUUCAUGAGCUUGUUGCAUGGAGUUUUGACCUCCAUGGGCCUCUUCUUCAUACCCCUGGGAGCCUAUCUGCAGACGGUGGGGCAGGAUGGGGAGGCCCCGUCCGACUACCAGUCCUUUGCUGUCACCAUCGCCUCUGCUCUCAUAAUCACAGUCAACUUCCAGAUUGGCUUGGAUACUUCCUACUGGACUUUUGUGAAUGCUUUUUCCAUUUUUGGAAGCAUCGCCCUUUAUUUUGGCAUCAUGUUCGACAUUCAUAGUGCCGGAAUCCACGUUCUCUUUCCAUCCGCAUUUCAAUUUACAGGCACGGCUUCCAAUGCCCUGAGACAGCCGUACAUCUGGCUGACCAUCAUCCUGACGGUGGCCGUGUGCUUACUGCCUGUGGUUGCCGUCCGCUUCUUGUCAAUGACCAUCUGGCCGUCAGAAAGUGAUAAGAUCCAGAAGCACCGCAAGCGGUUGAAAGCGGAGGAGCAGUGGAAGCAGCGGCGGCCGGUGUUCCGCAGGGGCGCGUCGUCUCGGCGCUCGGCCUACGCCUUCUCGCACCAGCGCGGCUACGCCGACCUCAUCUCCUCGGGCCGCAGCAUCCGCAAGAAGCGGUCCCCGCUGGAUGCCAUCAUCGUGGACGGCAACGCCGAGUACCGCCGGACCGCGGAGAGCUGAGCCCCGUGCGCGCCCAGGAAAUGUCUAUUUUUUUACAAAAGACUCUCAGGACAUUCUAUUUUUUUUUUUGUAAUUGCAUUUUGUCCCAAGGAUGAAAAUAAAAAUCUUCCUCUCAAACUUACCUGGGUGGAGCCGUGAAGCCAGAGCGACGCCAACACUGCCUUUGGGACAGUCCUGUCCCUGCACCUCGCUCAUCAGAGGCAAAGGGAACGCAUCUGCCCACGUCUCAGCUCAGCAGAAUUUAGAAGCGUCUUAACUUCAGUUCCACGUCGACCGCAUUAUGAAAAUUGCAGUGAGAUUUGUUUUUCUGUCUUCACAGAUUUCCCCACGUUUCCUUUUUUUUUUUUUAAUCCUGUGUGCCACUUGUUGACGGAGAUUUUUUUCUUCUUUUAUCAUAUCAUGGUAACAACACAAGAUUCAGGACUAUCCAUCAUGUUCAUGGAAGCUAAAUGGCCUAAGAACUUUUGGUUUUGUUUUCUUGGCAUCCCGGGCUUGCUCCUGGCUCUGUGCUCAGGAAUCACUCCUAGUAAGGCUGUUCGCUCCCAACCCAUGUGUGCCUUCAACCCAGGACAGUGGGUGCCUUACCCCAGGGCUGUCUCUGACCACCAGGCUCAGAGCUGAUACUGGCUAACUGACUCCCCCUCACCUCCCCCCUACUGGUUUAAUAACACAAUUCAACGAAGGGCAAUUAUGUCAGAUUUCCUGAGUAUACCAUUUCACCAGGUGAAAAUACACAUUACCUACAGUUUACUUGCACUAUUCCUUUCAUUAUCAAGCUUUUCUUUUCAUUGAAAAAAAAGAGAUGUGUUUAAAUAUGCAUGGGCUUUUAAAACAUUUUUUUAAAAGCUGAGAAUAUCCGUGAUAAAUUGCAGAAUAUUUUGCAGAGCUUUCUUUUGAAAAGCAACCUUUGUGCCUGUCUCUAUGUAAAGCAUUGUAUAAGGGACUUGAAUUGCGACCUCACUUUUUUUUUAAAAUGCAUUUGUGUCUGGAGAUCAAAAGGGGUAG